UCUUCUACGCUUCGACCCGGUUAGGGCCGGCGCACACUCCCCUCCUCCUCCACCGGCGCCUCCCGACCAAUCGCCUCCGGCGUCCGAAGACCAACAGCACCGAGCCGUCAUCCUCUCCUGCGCCAACCAAAGUCUCCAGGGGUCUUGAAGAGCACUCUUCGCCAUGUCGGACCUGGAUGAUCUGCUCCUGCAGGCCGCUGGGCGGACGGGGAAGAACCAGUCCCGGUCGAGCAACCCGCGGUGGCAGCAGCAGCAGAGGGGGCGGCGGGGUUCGUCGUACUCCGGUGGGAGCGGCUCCGACGACGACGACUCCUCGGACGCCGCGCCGACCUACUCGCGGAAGAAGCAGCCGACGUCGGGGUCGCAGGUGCCGCUCAAGAAGCGGCACCAGCCGGAGAAGGGCAAGCGGGGCGGCGGGUGGCGGGAUGAUGAUGAUGACGACGACGACGACGACGAUGGGAGGCGGAGCGGCGACGACUCCGACAGUGCGCCGUCGGUCGGGAGUGACCUUUACAAGGACGAGGACGACAAGGAGCAGCUGGAGAAGAUGUCGGAGCUAGACAGGGAGAUGAUUCUGGCCGAGCGGAGCACCCGCAUCGACGACUACAGGCUGAAGCAGCUCGCGAGGGCAUCGUCGUCGUCCAAGACGGAGAAGGCUUCGGCCCGGAAGGACAGCAGCCCGCCCCCGCCGCCGAGCCGGGUGCGGUCGUCGACCAGGACGGACAGAGGUUCUGCCACAAAGAUUGCACUGGAUGAGCUGAGGGCCAAGCGGAUGAGCAAGCAGGAUCCGGAGGCGUACCGCAACAGGUUCAAGGAUCUGCUCUCGCAGAGCGGCUCACCAACUAGGCGCAGGGCUGGAAGCCCCCCGAGUGAUGGGAGCAACGAUGGCGAUAAUAGGGGGAGGAUGAAUGACCAUGGGAGGAUUGCUGAUGAUGGCAGGGACGAUGAGUUCGAUGAGUCGCCGAGUAGGCUUGACCCUCUCAAGUUUGAUGAUGUGAAGAGUAUAACCCUUAGGAGGUCAAAGCUGGUGAAGUGGUUCAUGGAGCCAUUCUUUGAAGAGCUCAUAUCUGGGUGCUUCGUGCGGCUUGGCAUUGGCAAGACAAAGUCAGGGAUCCCGAAAUACAGGCUGUGCAUAGUGAGGAACGUGGAUGCAAGCGAUCCUGAUCGGCAGUACAAGCUAGAGAGCUACACAACGUGCAAAUAUCUCAAUGUUGUGUGGGAUAGUGAGGCUAAUGCUGCUCGGUGGCAGAUGACUCAGGUAUCAGACUCCCCACCCCAAGAAGAAGAGUUCAAGGAGUGGCUGCAAGAAGCUGAGAAGAAUGGUGUGCGUAUACCAACCCGGCAGGAAGUAUUGGAGAAGAAAGAAGCCAUUCAGAAGGCCUACACCUUUGUGUAUUCAGCGGCUACCGUGCAGCAGAUGCUGCAAGAGAAGAAAUCAGCUGUCAGACGUCCUAUCAAUGUUGCUGCUGAGAAGGAUCGGUUGAGGAAUGAGUUGGAGAUGGCCCUCAGCCGGAGGGAUGAAGCUGCAGCAGGAAGGAUCCGUGCGAAGCUGAAUCAGCUGCAGAAGAUGUCGCAGCCAAUGUCAAACAAUGUGAAGGCUGCCAAGUUGGAGGCAAUGAACAAGAAGAAUCGUGCUGACAACUUCAAAAAUGCAUCGGAACUGAAACCUGUUAAUACAAGUCUGAAGGCUGGAGAGGCUGGUUAUGACCCUUUCUCAAGGAGGUGGACAAGAUCAAGAAAUUAUUAUGCUGCAAAGCCAGCAGGAGAUAACACAGAAGAAGUCACCAACGGGUCUGCUGGUAAUAAUUCAGUGGCCGGCAACGAAAAUGUGAAGAACAAGGCACAAGCUGGUACAGCAGCCACAACAGCAGCUCAAGUUGCAGCAGCUGAUGCUGGGAAGCUAGUCGAUACCAAUGCACCUGUAGAUCUGGGAACAGAAUCGAAUGCGAUGCAUACAUUUGAACUCCCUAUAUCAUUGUCUGUUCUCGAUGAAUAUGGUGGACCCAAGGGUCUGUUUGAUGGCUACAUGGCGAGGAAGCAGAAGAUAGAAGCAACAAUGGGGUACAAGGUUCCUGACAAUGAUGGAAGGAGGCAUGCUUUGACCCUGUCCGUGAGCGACUACAAAAGGCGACGGGGUCUCCUUUGAAGGAUAUCUGCAAUUCUGCAGGCCGCUCCACGGAUUUCAUCUAUCCGCCUGGCUGCAGUGCCUCUGCAUUGCUGUGACAAUUGUCCAGACCCUGUGCAAUUUAGACUUAUUUUCUUAGAAGUAAUGCAUUAAUGCGCAGACUAUACCUUCUCUUUUCAUAAAUAAUACCUGUGUGACUGAUCAUUUUGCUGACAUUUCAUGUUUAUAUCUGUGGAGUGUGUUAUUCUCUUA